CUGGAGCUUGGGACAUCAUCAAAGACUCGCACCUUGCACACACCACGUCGACAGCGCAUAUUGUCCAUCCUACGACACGCCUGAUCGUGCUAUGCCGUCUAGGUUCUGGAGUGCACUGCGACCACCCUCGCGGGCUCCCGACUGAUCGACCGCCUCGCUCGCUGACCGCCCACCAUGAAGGACACCACGAGCUUCAUCACCCGACUGCAUCUCCGCGAGCUGCGUGACGAGCGUCAAAACCGCUACCGCUCUCUCUACGCCCAUCGGCGCUUCAUCGAUUCCUUGGACAUUGUCAACGAACUACAGGGCCACACGGGCUGCGUGAAUGCACUUUCUUGGUCCAAGGACGGCAAACUGCUCGCGUCUGGUAGCGAUGACACACAUCUCAAUAUUCAAGAGUACCUUCCCAGUGGCAGUGAUGAGCAGUUCAAGCUCACUACCACCGUUGCGACUGGCCACACACAAAACAUCUUCAGCGUGAAGUUCAUGCCGCAUUCGGACAACAGCACAGUAGUCACAGCUGCUGGCGAUGGCGAAGUGCGAGUGUUCGAUCUCAACUAUUCGGGCACUGCAUCCCAAUCGUCCCGAGCGGCAGCUCUGGCAAGCAACAGUAGGAGGCGAGCCGGAGCAAGAGCGCAGACAUAUUUGACAGACGGCAACACCAACGCUAGGAUAUAUCGUUCACAUGGAGAUCGGGUCAAGCGAAUCGUUACAGAAUCCUCCCCUUAUCUUUUCCUCACAUGUUCUGAAGAUGGCGACGUUAGGCAGUGGGAUCUCAGAAUGCCAUCCUCGCACUAUCCUCCGUCCCGAGGAUACCGAUUCAGCCAAGAUAGCUCCGCUCCAGCCCCACUGAUUUCGUACAAAAAAUAUGGGCUUGAUCUGAACAGCAUAUCGUGUUCCACGAGCCAGCCAUAUUACAUCGCCCUAGGUGGAGCCCACCUGCACGCUUUAUUGCAUGAUCGUCGAAUGACGGGGCGAGACAAGCUCCAAGAAAGAGGAGUGACCUUGCCAGCAAUCGACCGAAUGUCUUCAGCAGACCUGGAACUGAUGUCUCAAGCCACACAAUGCGUGCGGAAAUUCGCCCCGCAGGGUCAGAGAAAGAUGAAGCGGUCCGACAACGGGCAUAUCACCGCCCUGAAGAUCUCUGAUGCUCGGCCCGAUGAAAUGCUGGUAAGCUGGUCUGGCGACCACAUCUAUACUUUUGACCUUGUGCGAGGUCCUGGCGAAGACGAAGGUGCAUCUCUUAAUCAAUCUCAUGUCCGCAGUAGCAGUGAGCGCAAGCGGAAACGCGUUGCGGGUGACAGUGAGGUUUCAUUGGCGCCCGAAGGCUUGCCGUCAGCGAGACAACGUACAGAGCAUCGUCCGAGCGCAGACGGCAAUGCUUCGAUACGCGUUCGCUAUCAAAAUGGCCAGAGCGAGGAUAUCGCGCUUCCAACUGCAGCACCGCUGACAGAGCGUCAACGCCAGGCGCAGCGUCUUGCAAAAAAUAUACUGCGCAUUCGAUCAUCUAUGAUUGACAGACCGACAGAAGCGACGGUAUACACCGAGGUCGUGAAGCAAGCAGCCUCUGUGCUUUCGGAGAUGGACGAAAUCAGUCGCACUUGGACGUACCCACUUGAUCCUGAGCCGAUACAAGUGAACGCACAGCAGACAAUGCGGUACAUUCGGGAGUCUGCGCGACGAUACGUGCAAGCAGCUGGAACGCUGGGUCGUGUACUCGGAGGCAGUAUAGAUGAGGACUCAAUCGCAUCUUUCACAUCUGUCGAAGUGAGACUGAGCGAACUGCCAGUCCAGCAGCACGAGCGAUUCAGCUACGACUUCUUGAGAGCGAUACUUCUAUGGCUGGAAUCAGGUAUAGGAAGACUAAUCGAAGGCUUCACCAGAGCUGCACAUGUGCCUGCGACAAGUAAGGCUGCAUCGAGACUGCCGAUUGCCGAAGAGGAGGCGAGCUCAGAGGCAGUGGACGAGAUCCUCAUACCUUACCUAUUGCAACACGCCUGCGAUAGGCCGAUCGUCAACGUGGUGGUGAACCAGUUCGAGACAGAAUCAAACCGGUUGUUGUUUGAGAGCGAGCGAGCGGCUGUACUGGCAUUCGCCGAUGCAGUCCGUAAGCCGUUCGCGGAUCUUUCUUCCCCUACAGAGGGCUCGCAGAAUCGUCAGGCUGCUCAUCAGUUCUGGGCGCGAUCUGUAGCCCGCGGCGUUCUGCUCAACGCGGGAGCUGUCAUCAAGUUUGUGACUCUCGAUCGCGCUCUAGGCGGGAGGGGCAGGCAGAAUCAAGAAGCCAGCAUCGAGGAAGCUCGGAUUGACCUGCUACUGCCCGAUUCCCACCGGUUCGAGAAUGACCUUACUCUGCCAAACCUCGACUUCAUGGAUGCCAGCCGUUGGCCGCACCAAGAAAGUGAAUAUGAGGAUGUAGAUCACUCAUCAGAUGAGCAGGUUACUGUCGAAGUAGACGACGAUGGCAGCAGCAACGACGAGGACGCUGAUGGCGAGCACGACGAGGAUGACGAUGAAGAUGAAGAGGACGACGACGACGAGUCGCAGUCGGAUUCCAGUUCGGAAGCAGACGAAGAAGAUGGUGUCCCAAAUCUCGGGAUUCCUCGCUACAUCUAUCGUAGCGCCUUCGAGCGACGAAAACUAAAGUCUCAGGUCGAGCCAGACGUCCCCACUUCAGCGUCGACACGCUCAUAUCGAGGUCACUGCAAUCUGAGAACAGUCAAGGACGUCAACUACUUCGGGCUUGACGAUGAAUACGUUGUGUCUGGAUCAGAUGACGGCAAUUUUUUCAUCUGGGAUCGUAAAACCACAGAACUGGUCAACAUUCUCGAGGGUGAUGGCGAAGUCGUCAAUGUCGUGCAAGGACACCCUUACGAGACCAUGCUGGCCGUCUCUGGCAUUGACAGCACCGUGAAGAUAUUCUCGCCCGACGCCCGCUGCAGAGAAGAUGCAAGACUUGCCCGAGGAGUAUCUGCGGCAGAACCUUCCAGCCCCGUACGCAUUGGUCGACGGAAUCGACGACCAGCACGGGCUCAUGGCGAGAAUGCAGACCAGCCGUCGACUGAUGCUGCAGUAGACGCCAGUGAUUCGGACGCUAAUGAUGAUCAUGUUUCAUCACUAGGGUUGCGAAGCAGACGUCGCAUGCAUCAAUCUUACCAGAUUGUACAGCAGAACAAUAUGGAGCUUGAGGGCAGUAGCCACGACUCCAGCAUCACUCUACCACACUCUCAGCUUCUUCAGCUGCUGUUUGGCCUCUCCUCAGGGAGAAACCUUGGCGCUGUGCUGGGUGCGCAUGAGUGAGAUGGAAGCGUGGUCCAGACUCUCGGCCAACAGUGGCCAUAUCUCAGGGAGGUCUCUGCGCCACGUUCUUGCUCGUGAUUAAGCCAGGCAGCGGCAGGUCCAUUAUGUAUUCGGA